CUAUCACUUUUUCUAACCAAGGAAUCAUGUUUGAGUUACAGUUUGAUUAAUUCAUGUUUGUUUAGUUUCUUAAUGGUUAGAGAUCGAUUAAAAGAAUCUUGGAUCACAUUAGGUAGAAGAGAAAGAGAAAGAAGAAGAUGGGGAAAAGAAAUCGAAUCGGAAUCCGAAUCUCAAAACGUAUUAAGUCGAAUGUGUUGGGAGACUCGUAGGUUGAUGUCUUGGUGGAUAGAAGAGAUGAUUUCACAUUUUUGGAUUAAUGUGAUCAAUUUGAAUUUGAUGAGGUUUAUGGAUCAACUCAAUACGAUCAAAACAAACUUGAAUUUUAAAUCUUUAGGAAUCUUACAUACUCAUUUCCUUUUCAAGGUUUCCUUUGGUUUAUGUUUGUUUGAGAUCGAUUUAUUAAAGUCACUCUUGAAGAAAUGUUUAAGGCUUUCAGAUGAAUUAGAUUGUUCUGAAUUCGAAUUGUUUCCUCCUUUACUUUUUCAAUCUGAUCAAAUCGGUCAUCAAACUCCCAAUGGAAAUCCACCAAACGAAGGAAUCAAUCCGAUUAAAGUUAGAUUAAAAAAAGUCAAGGAGUUAGGAAUCGAAUUUAAAUCUGAUUUAAAAGACUUUUUCGAAAUCCUUUCACGUAUAAACCAUCAACCUGAGAAACCCAGCACAGGACUUGGAGGGAUCAGUCAAACCAUUGAUCAAUCUACAAUCAUGAUGGGAGGCAUGGGAGGAUCGAUUCCAGGUUGGUUAGAGUCUUUAGGGAAUGGUGAUGAAGGUGAUGAGGUCUUGAGAGAAAGUAGAUUAGAAGUUUCUGUGUUUAAACGAAUGGUGAUGAGUGAGUUAUUGAGUAAGUUGGACUUUUCGGGGUUUUUUAGUGAUCCUAGUGGUGAUGAUAAUGAAGGUUUAGAGAGAGUCUUGGAUGGAAUUUGAUUGAGGUUUUGAAGGUUUAUGAAUUGUUAAGACCAGAGGUCAAUGAAGAUUGAAAUGGGGAUUGAAAGUUGAAGAUUGAAGGAAUUGGUUUAAGAAAGUGAGCAGAUUGAGUCGGAUAAUCUUUUUGAGGUUUGAUAGUGAUAGAAAAAGAUAAAGUCUUCCUAGAAAGUGGAUUUGUUCUUUUUUAUUUUUUUGGUUCAUCAGAUCAUGUAGAUGGUAUAUGUGAUUUGAAGAAAGAAAAAUAGACUUCAAACUCCAAAACAUGAC